AGCCUGGGCCAGGAGAGGAGGCCGCCAUGGACCAGCAGGGCAUCACCAUCACCACCUCAGGAAAACCAACCCGGAAGACGUCAUCUUUUGAAAGAGAAGGAUGGUGGAGAGUAGCAUUAACAAAUACUCCUAUACCUGGCACAUACCACCUGAAAACUUUCCUUGAAGAAGCCUUGUUAAAUCCAGUGACAGCAACAUAUAAUUUUAAAAAUGAAGGAAGGAAAAAGCUACCUCUUGUGCAGAGAAACAAUCCAGUCCUGAAUGAUCUUCCACAGUACAUGCCUCCUGAUUUCCUGGACCUGUUAAACAAGCAAGUAGCCACUUACUCAUUCAAAGACAGGCCUCGGCCCAGCCCCAGCACGCUAGUUGAUAAAGAUAAGGCUCUUCGGCUUUGCCCAGGGCAGUACGAGGUGCUUCCUGCACCAGUUCCCAAGUACCCUUCCAGGAGCUUCAUAUUUCGUUCUACGGUUCGAAGAUUUCCAACGGGCUGCUUCGUACCUCAUGAAGGACCAGGACCAGGCCAUUAUGACUGGAAAAUACCACCAGCAACUUGCAUUACCUCUUGUUUUCAAUCCAGAGUCCCUCGGUUCUUGCCCAGCGGCUCGAAAACUCCAGGCCCAGGAACAUAUGCAUCAAUCGUACAGUUCCCUAAGCAGUCUGCAACUGUGGCCAAAAUGGGCCGAGGACACAGUCUCUUCUUCAACAACACCAUGGGCUUUUAAAAUAAAACCAUCCUGAUGCUAA